AUGGGAGGCAGACGCGAGCCGGUCAUGCCGAUCGCGUUACAGGUCCUGCCACCCCGAGCAUUUUACUCGUGUCGGAUCUGGGUGGCUGUCAGUGUUGAUAUGUCUCCAGUCAGCCAGCUCCAUAUCAAAGGUCAGUUUUCGCCAUCCGAAACCACGAAUCGCAUUCGGCCGUGGUCAUUCGGAACAGCAUCUGAGAUCGAGAGCAUUCGGGAAGAAGAGGAUGGAUUGGCGGCGCCGCACCGAAUCCGGCACAGCGGCGAGGGGACGAACCGGGAGAAGCGGCAGGGGAGGAGCGACCGGCCGUUCAUCAACGUGGGUGAUGACGCGGAGACGGGCCGCUGGAGCGGGUGGGGGCCUCCCUCGUCCUGUUCCAGGACUUGCGGGGGAGGAGUCGCGUAUCAGACCCGGGAAUGCCUCGACAAGGGGUACGUCGUUUUUGCUUGCUACGGUUCUCACUCGCCUUGCGAUCCCGUCGGGGACUGUCCCGAAGGCACGAAGGACUUCCGGGCGAUCCAAUGUUCCCAAUUCGACGAAGUCCCCUUCGAGGGCAAAUACUACACGUGGAUCCCUUACACGAAGGCGCCGAACAAGUGCGAGCUGAACUGCAUGCCGCAGGGGGAGAGGUUCUACUACCGCCAUGGCCGGAAGGUGAUCGACGGCACGAGGUGCGACGAUGAGAGCCUCGACGUCUGCGUCGACGGGGUCUGCAUGCCCGUGGGCUGUGAUAAGAUGCUGGGAUCUCGCGUGCCCGAAGACAAAUGUCGCGUCUGUGGGGGCGACGGAUCCACAUGCAAAACCAUCACCGGCUCAUUUGACUCCAACGACUUACAAGUAGGAUAUAAUGACAUUCUUCUCAUCCCCGUGGGAGCCACUAAUGUAGAGAUCAAGGAACGUCAAGCUUCCAGCAAUUACUUCGCAAUAAGGAACACAACCGGUCACUACUAUCUGAAUGGGAACUGGAGGAUAGACUUCCCCAGGUCCCUGAAAUUCGCCGGGACGACAUUCCAUUACGAGCGGAGGCCCACGGGGUUCUUCUCACCCGAAACCAUCCGGGCCGUGGGCCCCACCACCGAGGCCAUCUUCAUCGUGAUAUUGUACCAGGAGCAGAACCCAGGGGUAGAAUACGAGUACAGCAUCCCCGAGGGCGUGUCAGGAUCCCAAUUUCCCGACACCUACAACUGGGUCGCCGAUCCCUUCUCUGCUUGCUCAGCUGAAUGCGGCGGAGGUGUGAAGAGCCGAACGGUGAAGUGCGUCCGCGGCGGCACGGAGGAGGACGUGCCGGAAUACCUCUGCGACCCCUCGCUUCGCCCCAAGGACAGCGAGGCCUGCGCUCCGCAAGCCUGCCAUCCCAGCUGGUUCAUCAUGAAUUGGAGUAACUGCACAUCAGACUCGGAGACGGAGUACCGAUUCAGAGCCGUGGUGUGCCAGCAAGUGAUUCAAGGGGGGCACCCGUCCCUCGUCGAGGAUUCCCUCUGCGAGGCCGCCCACGGUCCCAAGCCCUUACAGCUUCAGAAAUGCAGCGAAGCCUCCAAGGAAGACGAAUUGGAGGAGGGAGAAGAGGAGGAUCUCACCGAUCCCAGUGCCGACGUCGCUUCCAAUUUCACGUGGUUCAUCGAGCCCUGGAAACCGUGCGACGUCCUCUGCGGAGAAGGGAAGGAGAGACGGCUGGUGGUGUGCCACUCCAUAUCGAACGGCUCAGUGGCGAUCCACAACGACUCGGAAUGCUCUGGAGAGAAGCCGGAGGACGAGAAGCCCUGCACAAGGACGCCGUGCGAUGGUGUCGACUGGAUGGUCUCCGAAUGGUCCGGGUGCAUAGACAAGUGUGGAGUGAAGAACGAAACAAGGAGGGCAAUGUGUGCAGCAGAGGACGGGGAAAUCUUUCCAGAUUCGAUGUGCCAUGGCUAUCGGCUCCCGGAGCUUUCCCGGCCGUGUAAAGAGUACAGCGCCUGCGUGCACAUGUGGUACAUGUCUCAGUGGACCCAGUGCUCGGUGGACUGCGGGAAAGGAGUGCAAACCCGAGAGGUCUUCUGUGGGACCAUGGACGGUCCCCAGGUGGAAAUCGUCGACAAGGAGAACUGCAAAUGGGCCGAGGAGCCCCCCAAUACCCAGGAAUGCGUCGUCGAAGGGCCUUGCAAAGGAGCGUGGUUCACAGGACCCUGGUCCAAGUGUUCGGCCCCUUGUGGAGGUGGGACCAAGCUCCGGAAAAUCCAGUGUUUCUCUGGGAACAAGACUUCGUUGGAGGAGUGCAACCAGAAUGACAUACCGUUCAGCGACGAGGAAUGCAACACCGAGGCAUGCGGAGAAGAUUGGGUGAUGUUGAUCGAGCCUCGAGUCGGAGUGCAAGAAGAAGAGGAAUGCUUAGAUGACGACCUUGUUGUGAUGGGACGGGAUGAAGGGUCUGGUUCAGGGGAAGGGUCUGGGGACUUCGAAGGUUCUGGCUUCGGUUCUGGCCUCGGCUCUGGGGAGUUUCUGUCUUUGGAAGAUGUUUCAUCUGAGGAAGACUCGUCUGAGGAAGGCUCAUCUGCGGAGGGCUCAUCAGAGGAAGGCUCAUCAGAGGAGAUCGAGGAAGGCUUCAUGAAGGCAGAGCAAGAAGAGAUGAUGGGAGAUCAACCCAUGGAAUCUGAAGAAGGUGGUUCAGGGGAUGUUGAUCCCCUUCAAUCCGAGAAGGAAGGUUCCGGGCUAGAGGAAUUUUCUGGUUCUGGAUCCGGUGAGUGGGAAGGCUCUGGCGCCCUGGAACCGGGCUCUGGUUUCCUGGAAGCGAAACUUGAAGGCUCGGGCAUGGAAGAGGGGUCUGGAGAAGAGGGGUCUGGGGAAACGGGUGAGGACAAGAUCGUAAAGGUGGUGAAGAAGGUGGUUGAGAAGGUGAAGAAGGAAGAUAAGAAGGAGGACGUAAAGAAAGAAGAGGAGAAGAAGAAGGAAGAGAAGAAGAAGGAAGAGAAGAAGAAGGACGAGAAGAAAGACGAAAAGAAGAAGGAGGAGAAGAAGGACGAAAAGAAGAAGGAAGAGAAGAAGGACGAAAAGAAGAAGGAGGAGAAGAAGGACGAAAAGAAGAAGGAUGAAAAGAAAAAGGAGGAGAAGAAGGACGAAAAGAAGAAAGACGAGAAGAAGGACGAAAAGAAGAAGGAGGAGAAGAAGGACGAAAAGAAGAAGGACGAGAAGAAAGACGAAAAGAAGAAGGAGGAGAAGAAGGACGAAAAGAAGGAGGAAGACGCGAAGAAGGCGAAGGAGGUAAAAAAACCAGGGAAACCCGGUAAGGUGGUGGAAUCAAAGGCUCGAAAGAAAGAAGAAGCCUCAAAGAAGAAGAAACGAGUGUGUAAGCCCAAACCUCUACCCGACUGCAAGAAAUCAGACUUUGGCUGCUGUCCUGAUGGAAUCACCAUCUCCCAAGGACCUUUCGGAAGCGGCUGCGAGGAGAUAAAGCUGUGCAACCAGACGAAAUUCGGAUGCUGCUACGAUGACGUAUCCCCAGCAACAGGACCCGACCUCCAGGGCUGCCCACCUCUAGACUGCAACGUCACCCUAUACGGCUGCUGCCCAGACGGAGUGAAGCCGGCCGAAGGGAACGCUCUCCUCGGAUGCGAACCAGAGACUUGCCAUGAAGCCAAGUAUGGAUGCUGUUGGGACAACGAGACGGCAGCAGAGGGUCCCGACGAACUCGGCUGUCCCCCAAGAAACGACACUGUCGCCUGCACGGACUCAGAAUUCGGCUGCUGCCCAGACGGCAUCGCACCAGGUAAAAAAAAAUUCGUUCGACUCCUUCCCAUCGAUCUUACCACGAUCGACCCGAGCCGACCCCAUCCCGCAGCCGAGGGCCCGGAGGGAGAGGGCUGCCUGGCCGCAUGCGAGAAGGAGGAAUUCGGCUGCUGCCCCGAUGGAGUCACCGCUGCCCACGGACAGAACGGGGAAGGAUGCUGCCUCAACACGGAGUUCAAGUGCUGCCCGGACAAUAUCACGCCGGCUAAGGGACCCGAAGGGGAAGGCUGCGGAUGCGAGCUGACGGAAUUCGGCUGCUGCCCAGACAACAAGACGACGGCAAGAGGCGAGAAGAACGAGGGCUGCGGGUGCAAAUACACGGAGCACGGGUGCUGCCCCGACAACUACACCCCGGCCCUCGGCGCCGACCACCAGGGAUGCGGGUGCCACACGUACGAGCACGGGUGCUGCCCCGACGGGGUCACCACUGCCAAGGGACCGAACAUGGAAGGUUGCGGUUGCGAAGAGAUGGAAUUCGGUUGCUGCCCCGACCGUCGGACCCCAGCCACCGGACCUGACUCGGCAGGCUGCAGCUGCGAGGCGUCCGAGUUCGGUUGCUGCCCCGACGGCAACUCCAACGCCCUGGGCCCGAACUUCCACGGCUGCGAGCACAUCCCCAAGUGGAUCCGAGCUGGAGAGAUUUGUGGGUUGGCGAAGGAUCGAGGCCCGUGUCGGAAUUUCACGGUCAAAUGGUUCUUCGACAUGGAGUAUGGGGGAUGCUCUCGGUUCUGGUACGGAGGCUGUGAAGGCAAUGAUCAUCGGUUCGACACCCAAGAGGAAUGUAAACGAGUUUGUGAGGAGACCGGUGGCAGAGAGGCCUGCUUCCUGCCGAAGGUGGAAGGACCAUGCGAGACGUACGAGAUUAAGUGGUUCUACGACCCAGAAUACCGACAUUGCCGACAAUUCUAUUACGGCGGUUGCCUCGGCAACAACAACCGAUUCCAGACCCUCGAGGAAUGCGAGACACAGUGCAAGGAGCCUGAAAGCGUCCCCUUGUGCCUGCAACCGAAGACGGAGGGGCCAUGCCAAGGUAAUUUCACCCGUUGGCACUACAGUCCAGCCGACUCCCUGUGCAAAAACUUCACCUAUGGAGGCUGCAAGGGCAACGACAACAACUUCCUCACGGAGAGGGAAUGCCAGAUCAGAUGCCAUGGUCGCAAUCGACAGAAAGAGACCUGCCUGCUGCGAAGGGAGGAAGGAGACUGCCAGGAGAGCCUGCCCCGCUGGUACUUCGACGCCUCUCAGGGCCGGUGCCUUCCGUUUUAUUACACUGGAUGCGGAGGGAACGAGAAUCGGUUCAAGACCUCGGAGGAGUGCGAGACCAGCUGCCUCGGUGUUAUAGCAGCUGCCCAAGACACGUGCAGCUUGCCGGCUGCCGUCGGGGAAUGCAAAGACUAUCAAGAAAGGUGGUAUUACGACAUCUUCUCGUCUCGAUGCCAGAGCUUCGCCUAUGGAGGCUGCGGAGGGAACGGGAACAAUUUCCCCUCGAGAGAUGACUGCGAGAAGCAGUGCGAGACUAUCUAUGCCCCUCCCGCAAAAAUCGAGGAAUUCCGAAACGAGCACUGCUUCCUGGAGUCAGAUGCAGGUGCAUGUACCCAAGAAGCACCCCAGAAUCUUCCUCAAUGGACUUACGAGAGCCACUCUGGAGUGUGCAAACAGUUCAGCUGGACCGGCUGCGGUGGGAACCAGAACCGCUUCGAAACCAGACAGGAAUGCGAGAUCAAGUGUGGAAACGCUCAGGACAUCUGCAAGCUGCCGAAAGUGGUGGGGCCGUGCAGCGGAGCCUUCCGCCAAUGGCACUACGAGCCCGGCCGCGACACCUGCUUCGAGUUCCAAUACGGCGGUUGCCAGGGCAACGGAAACCGGUUCAACUCACGAACGGAGUGCGAGGAGAGAUGUCGACAGGCCCGACCCACGGAGGUUGCGACCCGAGCGCCCGACGCCCCUCUGCAGCCAGGCCGUGUGGAAGUGUGUCAGUUGCCAGAGGAUGCUGGACCGUGCACGGACUAUACGAGGUCGUGGUAUCAUGAUGCGUCCAGUGGGGGGUGCAAGGCUUUCAACUUUGGCGGAUGUGCCGGCAAUGCCAAUCGCUUCCGGUCGCUCGAAUCCUGUGAAAGAAUUUGUGGCAACUUCCAGGAUCUAGAUGUUUGCGAAAUGCCGCAAGAUGCAGGUCCCUGCGAAAACUUCGAAGAGAAGUGGUACUUCGACGCCCGGGAACAAAGAUGUCAGCGAUUCAUGUUCGGCGGUUGCGACGGGAACGGGAAUCGCUUCAGCACCGAAGGAGAAUGCCAGGCGGUCUGCAUCUUCAAGGACGUCGUGGUCCCGUCCGGGAACGACACUCUCGAAUCCCUUUCCAAAUGGUGCUUCAUGCCCGUGGACGCCGGACCGUGCCAGGAGGGCUACACCCGGUGGCAUUUCGAUCCAGACAGCCGGACGUGUUCGCCUUUCCUCUACUCUGGAUGCGGCGGGAAUUUGAAUCGGUUCAAAAGCUAUGGGAUCUGUAUCGCGUUCUGCUCGAGGGCGUUCGGCCAGGUCCCCAUGCCCGAGGCGGCCGACACAAGUGAGCAGUGCCGCGAGGCCGCGGAACACUGCCAGCGACUCUCCUGCCCCUACGGAGUGGAGAAGUACGUGGACAGCCGGGACUGCGAGGCGUGCCGCUGCCACGACCCCUGCCGCGAGGUCUCCUGCGAGGCCGGUCGGCGCUGCGGGGUGGAGGUCUAUCCGCACGGGGAUCCGUCGCAACAGGGGAGCAUGUAUCAUGCCAGCUGUCGAGAUGAACACAAAUCAGGGGAGUGCCCGGACCUUCCCCCGACCUCCCCGAACGAGAUCCCCGACCCGAGCGCAUGCACGGACGACUGCUCCUCUGACGCGGACUGCAGCGGGAGCCGGAAGUGCUGCAAGAGCGGGUGCAAUUCCAUCUGCGUCUCGCCGCUGCUCGGACCCGGGGAGCUCCCUCCGGCCUCUGUCGAGUACCCCAUCGACUUCAGAGGGCCAGGAGAGGUGGAGGCGCCGAGGAUAUUGGCUGGAGAUCCGACGGUCCGAGUGGAAGAAGGAGGAUUGGCCACUUUGCGAUGCACGGCGAGGGGCAAUCCUCUCCCCGAAGUCUCCUGGCUGAAGGGCACUCAAGUAAUCAGCGGAAGGCAAGGCCGAGUGAAGAAGUUGCUCGACGGAUCGUUGCAAAUCGUGGGCGUUCAGCGAGACGACGCCGGGGAUUACACGUGCACGGCGUCCAACGGCAUCGGCGAACCCGCAAGCCAGCGUAUGCAACUUCAGAUCACCGACGCGGUGGACCGAGCUGCAGAGGUGGUGGACCCGGAACCGUACACCGUCUCCUCGCUGGGCGAAGCCGUCCAGCUCUUCUGCCUCGUUCUGGGUUGGCCUCGCCCGACUGUCACCUGGUGGCGGCGCACCCGCAUGCUCCCGCGACGAUCCGAGAAAUACGAACAGUAUCCGGAUCACAUCGUGAUCCAGCGCGUGGGUCUGUCGGAUCUGGGGCCGUACACUUGCCAUGCUUAUAACGGGAUCGGGACGGCGGCAUCGUGGACGGUGACGCUGCAAGGGUUCGGACCGGUUUAUACGACCCGGCCCGAAGAUGCCGAGUUUACCAAAUUCCUCGUUUCACACCCUCAGACUCCUAGGCCGGUUGCCAGACCGGUUCCCAGACCUAGACCUGGUUAUCCCCCCACUCCUGCUCCUACCUCGCAACCUGGGGCCCAAUAUGUUCCAGUGUCUGCAAGGAUCACGUUGGAACAGACCCGCUUCCCACCGGAAGCGGAGAUCGUCAUACCCUGCGUGGUGGGAGGAUUGCCGGUGCCGAAGGUCCUUUGGUACAAGGACGGCCAGCAGAUCCAGUCCGACGAGCGCGUCGUCGUCUUAGGUGCGGAUGAUCUCGGGUCGAUCUCGGGGAACGACACCUUGCUGAUUCGAGAAGCGUCUGCGGCUGAUAGCGGCACGUAUCGAUGCGAGGCGGAUAAUCAACUGGGUGCUGCCACUGCUGCCACUUCAAUCACCGUCGAAGGAAUCUACGUGCACCCGAACUGCACGGACAACGCAUUCUUCGCCAACUGUAAACUGAUCGUGAAAGGCAAAUACUGCACAAACAAGUACUACGCUCGCUUCUGCUGCCGGUCGUGUACCCUGGCCGGACAGCUGCCGGCCUACGGACCACAUCUCGGCGCUUACCGGAAGGAGACCGGCGCCUCCGGUUACAACUACCUGGACGAGCCCGGCUCGAGGAAAGAAGACCAGAAUUUGGUCGUCUAAGCCAACCGAACAUACCGAUCAUGAUAAGGUACUCCCGUUUUUUGCUAGUCAGUGUGGAACAAAAUACAUGGUACUUGAUGGAUAUGACUCGACGAGAAGAAAGCUGAGAGUCCCGGGUACAGUUUCGAGUUUUCAGAUCCCAGUUUCCUCGACGACACGCAUCUCCGUGUCUGCCUUUUCGUUUCGGUGCUAAAAUUCUUCUUCUCGACAUCCCUUCUAAAUUAUUAUCACGUGGAAUGACAUUGUUAAAGAGAGGCUCUUAUUAUUCUUCAUCGUUGUAUUCAUUAUUUUUUUCAUUUUUGUAGCUGGGAAUGCCGAAGACCAUUUUCUCUCUCGUUUCUCUUUUUUUUGUUCUCUGGUGUUGUGAGUUAGAGCCUAAAAGAUACUUCUUUUUUCUUGAAACGCUCGAUGAUAUUCACGAGCGACGGAACCAAGGGAACAAUUUGUUUGGGCACCAAAGAGAACCUGUUGUAGUGUUUGUGAUGGCUCCAAAAUCACUGCCAACCCGAGAGUGCUUGAGGUUAUGUUUGACCGUGCUUCUUGGCUUUGUUUGUUUUUUGUUUUUUACCAUUUCUUAUUUUUCGACUAUUUUAUGACUUCGCUUGUCUUUUUUCUUGCAAUGCAUGAGUGCUGUGUAGUCUGUAGAUAACGUUGUUCCGACUCGGCCCCUGCCUGAAUCGACAUGGAGAACUCUCAUACGUACGAAUUGAAGACUCAGAAUAAAACAGGCUUAUCCAGGUGGCAAUUCCAAUCUGUUCAUUCGAUCCCGUGACGGUGUUCAUGGGUGACUAGCGAUCGUCGAACUGAUCGAAAAUUGGUAUCACCGC